AUGGAUCCAGGCACUCUUGACCCUAUUCACAAUUCCACUAUCGCUGAUGAGCUCGUUCAGGCCAUGCAGCCCGACACGACCGAGCUGACUUCGCAAUUGAUCGCCUUGCUUUCUGUCACUGUUAUGUGUGUUCUGUUCGGUGUGAAGACAUACAACGUUGAUUUCAAAUACUUGACCUAUUCACGAUGGCUCGUUAUCUGCCUGUACAUCAACUCGUGGGGAUUCACCUACAGUGCUAUUUUGCUUGCUUCGACCAACAAUGGUAACAAUAUGUCAUGUCUGCUUUCCGAGCUUACUUGCGAUGUCUUUUACGCAGGAACAAAGCUCACAAUUUACUUUUGGCUGAUCGAAAAGGUGUGGGUCGUGUCCGCCGUUCGUAAAGCAAGAAUGAAAACAUGGUCGUACAAGUUCCAUCUUCUUUUGAUGACUCCGUUUAUCUUCACCUUCUCUCUCAUGCUUAUCUUUCACAUUGCCGAACUAAAAGACGACGGUACCUGUAUGAUUGGUUUGCAGCCAAUUGCCAGUAUUCCAUUGCUGGUCUAUGAUUUCAUCUUCAACAUGUAUAUGACGAUCCUUUUCGUCAAGCCUCUUGUCCAAUCAGGCAAGAGCAUCUCCACCGACUGGAAAUCAACCCGUCUUCACGACGUUGCACGACGGACACUUGUUGCCUCCGUCGUCUGCUUGCUCAUUUCUUUUGCAAACAUUCUUGUCUUGACCAUCAUGAACGGUCGUGAGCGUGGUGUUGUCUGCUUGACUUGCUGCACUAUCGAUGUGACAAUUAACGUCGUUACCGUUCAUUGGGUCACGAGCAAUCCAGCAAGCAAGAAAGCUAAGGAUCACAUCAACAGCACUUCAAACCCUAAUGAUACCAUGCAAGCCACCUUCUCUGUUGACCACAAGGAAAAGAACGGCUACGGUGUUGGCAUGGAGCACAACCCUAGCAACGCGUUUGUCAUGGUCACACCCAAUGAGGAUGAUCACGGAAGCCAGUCAACUGCACCGGAUUCGAGUCUGCACAAGUCGUUUUAG